GUCACUCAGUAGGGAUGCUGGCGGCUGUGGAACACGGUCCCAUCCUCUGCAGCGACUCCAACAUCCUCUGCCUCUCGUGGAAGGGCCGGGUCCCCAAGAGCGAGAAGGACAAGCCGGUGUGCCGGCGGCGAUACUAUGAGGAGGGCUGGCUCGCCACAGGGAACGGCAGAGGAGUCGUUGGGGUGACGUUCACAUCGAGUCACUGCAGGAGGGACAGAAGCACGCCGCAGAGAAUCAACUUCAACCUGCGGGGACACAACAGCGAGGUUGUCUUGGUGCGCUGGAAUGAACCCUUUCAGAAGUUGGCCACCUGCGAUAUGGAGGGAGGGAUCUUUGUGUGGAUCCAGUAUGAAGGACGAUGGUCUGUGGAGCUAGUGAACGACAGAGGAGCGCAGGUGAGUGACUUCACUUGGUCACAUGACGGCACUCAAGCCCUCAUCGCGUACCGGGACGGCUUCGUGUUGGUGGGCUCGGUCAGCGGACAGAGACACUGGUCCUCUGAGAUCAACCUGGAGAGUCAGAUCAGCUGCGGCAUCUGGACCCCUGACGAUCAGCAGGUGUUGUUCGGUACCGCGGAUGGUCAGGUCAUCGUGAUGGACUGUCACGGACGAAUGCUCGCCCACGUGCUGCUGCACGAGACUGACGGGAUCGUGAGCAUGUCCUGGAACUGCCCCGACUUCCUGGUGGAGGACAGCACGGAGAGCGACACGGACUCUGAUGACAACAUCCUGCCUCUAGUGCGGCGGGUGAAGCCUCUGUUGACGGUGACCUUCUUAUCAGGAGAUAUCAGUUUGAUGAACAACUACGACGACCUGUCGCCUGCAGUCAUCCACUCGGGGCUGAAAGACGUGGAGGCCCAAUGGUGCUCACAGGGAGACCUCCUGGCUGUGGCCGGCAUGGAGAGACACGGGCUGCCGGUGGAUGCGGCCUGCUCGUCCCUAAACAGGAACGCUCUGGUUAAGUUCUAUAACGUGCAGGGGGAGCACAUCUACACGCUGGAAACACCGGCUCAGAUUGAGGAGCUGACCAGCAACCUGCCGGCGCUGCAGGCUCUGUCCACCAGCAGCUCCUCUGUGGAAAGCACAGCCAGCUCGGAGGCCGGCAGCCCCCCCAUGAAGAGGAAGGUGGUCCACAGGUUUCAGGGCAACGCCAAGAAGGCCCUGCUGCGAUGGGUGCAGUGCACCGCAGCCAAGUAUCAUGGUAUUGAGGUGAAGGACUUCGGUCCCAGCUGGCGCGACGGCGUCGCCUUCCAGUCGGUGGUGCACGCCAUCAGGCCGGACCUGGUGGACAUGGAGGCGGUGCGGAGGAGGAGCAACAGGGAGAACUUGGAGGAAGCCUUCGCUCUAGCAGAGAACGAGCUGGGGAUCCCCCGCCUGCUGGAUCCAGAAGACGUGGACGUAGACAAACCAGAUGAGAAGUCCAUCAUGACGUAUGUGGCUCAGUUCCUCAAACACUACCCCAACCCACGGCACUCUGAGGCCCACGGCCCGCAGGACGAGUUUGGGCCCCAGGAUAUAGAGCAGAUGCUUGAGAGAGAGGAGCGGAAGAUGCUCCGAGAGCUGAAGGUGUUUUUAGAUCAGCUGGAGAGAGACGUGCUGCGGGCUCAGGGAGCCGAGGGAAACCUCACCGACAAAUAUCAGGCCUUUAAGAGUUUCCGUGUUCAGUAUGAAAUGAAGAAGAAGCAGACGGAUCCGCUGCUGCAGCCCGUCAACAGAGACGGGAAACUGUCUGUGGACCAAGCGCUGGUCAAACAGGCGUGGGACCGAGUGUCUGCCAGGCUGCUGGACUGGCACAUCCACCUGGACAAGUCCCUGCCGGGGCCCCUGGGGGUGAUCGGGGCCUGGCUGCACCGGGCCGAGAUGGUUCUGAGGGAGGACAUCCCCGUCCAGCACGCUCACGAGGAGACGGCCAACAUUCUGCACAGAAAACUGGAGCAGCACAAGGAGGUGUUAAAGAACUUGGAGUCGCAUAGACAACCCUUCCAUCAGAUCCACAGGGACAGAGCUGUGAACGGCGUCCCUGUCCCUCCGGAGCAGCUGCAAGACAUGGCUGAGCGGUUUAAUUUUGUGUCCACAUCCUCUCACGCUCACCUGAUUAAACUGGAAUUCUGGGAAAUGAAGUACCGGCUGAUGGCGUUUCUUAUGUUGGCCGAGUCGAAGCUCAAGUCCUGGAUCAUUAAAUAUGGCCGCCGGGACUCCGUUGAGCUCCUGUUGCAGACCUACCUGACGUUUGUCGAAGGCCACGGGUUCUUCGAUCAGUACGAGGUCAUCUUCACGGACCUGAAACAAGCUGCGGAGGUGUACGUGAAGUCUGACAGCUCAAUCGAGGAGGCGGAGGGCGUGAGUAAACUCCUCAGCGACGCCACGGCUCAGUGGAGGAACCUGGCUCUGGAGGUGCGGAGUGUCCGCAGCAUGCUGGAGGAGGUGAUCUCCAACUGGGAGAAGUACAGCAGCACGGUGGCGUCGCUGCAGGCCUGGCUGGAGGAUGGCGAGCAGAAGCUCAACCAGUCAGAGAACGCCAAGCGUGACUUCUUCAGGAACCUCUCUCACUGGAUGCAGCAGCACACGGACAUGAAUGACGCCGGGAACUUUCUGAUCGAGACCUGCGACGACACCGUGUCACGAGACCUGAAGCAGCAGCUUCUGCUUCUCAACGGGAGGUGGAGGGAGCUGUUCGUCAAAGUCAAACACUAUGCUCGAGCAGACGAGGUGGACAAGUUGAGACAAGACUACCAAGACGGGAUUAAAACCCUGAAGAUGUUCAUGGAUGCCACCGACGAGAAGAUGGCGGCUCCGGUCCAAGUGUCCUUCCUGAAUGUCCGAGCCUUUGUUCAGGAUGUGGAGGAGGUGAAGCACAAGGUGCCGGCGAUGGAAGCCGCCUGUAAGGCUGCGAGCCGCACCGCCCAGCUGCUGAGCAAAGACACGCCGCAGGAGGAGGUGAAGCACAUGAUGACUGUGAUGGCCUCCGUCAAGGAGCAGCUGACCAAGGUGAGGGAGAGGAGCCUGCCUCUGCUCAGGGAGUCCCAGUCUCUGUUGCCUCCUCUGGAGGAGAUGGAGAAGAGCAUCACGGGCUUCUAUCAGGCGCUGGAGAAGGCGAGUCACAUCAGCAGCAGCGCCGACUCCGAGGGAGACUUCAAGUUCAAGUGUCAGGAGCUGGUGACCUUCACACACAGCUGUAAGAAGUGUCUGACGACCAUUGAGAGGAACCACCAGGCCAUCCAAAAGAUCAUGAGCAGCAGCAGCACCCUGCACCACAUGGACAUGAGCCUGCUGCAGAAGAGAGUUGCCGACCUGCAGUCCUCCUCACAGGGCAUGAUUAAGGAGUCUACCGAGUGGCGUCGGCAUGUGGACGCCAACAGCAGCCUGAUGAAGAGGUUUGAUGAGUCCCGGGUAGAGCUGGAGAAAGUUCUGAAGACGGCACAAAACUGUCUGACAGAACGAGGAAACCCAGAGGAGCUGCUGAAGAAGCACACGGAGUUCUUCGGUCAGUUGGACCAGCGGGUCCUGAACGCGUUCCUCAAAGCUUGUGAUGAGCUGACAGACAUUCUGCCAGAGCAGGAGCAGCAGGCGCUGCAGGAGACCGUCAGGAAGCUGCACAAACACUGGAAGGAUAUUCAGACGGACGCCCCCUUUCACCUGCUGCACCUGAAGGUGGAGGUGGAGCGGAGCAAGCUGCUGCUGCUGCUGCAGGACUGCCAGGCAGAGGUGACCAGGGAGAACCGGCACCUGGCGAGCAUGGGCAGCGAGAGGCUCGUCAAGGAGCACAGGGCCUUCUUCAGGGAGAAGGGCCCCCAGUCCAUCUGUGAGAAGAGGCUGCAGCUGAUGGAGGAACUAUGCCAGAAGCUCCCUGAGGGCGCCCCCGUCCUGCAGACUCUGGAAACAGCCAGGAAGGACUUCUCUGAGGUCCAGGAGGAAGUCGAGAACACCCAUCAGAAGCUGAUGCAGCACCAAGAUAAAUGGAAGGAGUACAACGCAAGGUACGCCGAACUGUCCUGCUGGCUGAUCUCUAAAGAAAGUCAGCUGAGGCUGCUGAGGAACCGAGCCAACGACCCCAGGAAGUACGUCCAGGUGAAGACCAGCAUCACGGAGCUGAGGAGCGAGGCGGAGCUGCAGGAGGGGAGUGUGUUCUGGCUCAGGGCUCGUAUGGCUGUUCUCUUUGAGGUGUGUUCGGACAGCGAUGCACAGAGACAAGGCAGCGCUCUGAGCAAACUCUCCACCGACUUCAAGGGGCUUCUGGCUUCUCUCUUAGAGGCGGAGAAGAUGGUGCUGGCUGUUGGAGACUGUGUGCAGUUCAGGGAAGAAGUGCAAACGACUCUGGAUGAUCUCGUUCAGGGGCAGAAAGAAGCUCAGGCCGAGGUCACCAGAAUCCUGGACUGUCCCACCGUGAGAGAGGCACAGCAGCUGCUCCUCGGUCACCAGCAACUGUUAAAGCGGCUGAAGAUGAAGAGAAAGGACGUGCAGCAGCUGAUCACCAGAGGCCAGCAGCUGCAGGCGGAGGAGGGUUUGGGAGAGACUCUGCAGCAAGACCUGCAGAGCUUAGAGAACACACUCAGCAAGAUGGAGCAGAGCAUGGACUCCCAGGAGCAGAGCCUGGAGGUCACUCUGGCAGCCUGGCAGGAGUUCGACAGCCAGCAGGAGGCCGUGCAGGAGUUUGUUAAUAAAGCGCGCUCGUCGAUGGAGAGAGACCUGAACUUCAGCAGCCCGGAGAGCCUGGCGGGGGAGCUGGACCAGGCCAGAGUGCUGCUGAAGCAGAGUGAAGCGGAGGCCUCGCACAUGAACACUCUGCUGAGGAGAGCCACAGAGAUCCAGCUCGGCCCCGACAACAAGACUCUGCUUUCACAAGCAGCCGGCGCCCUGAGUGAGCAGGUGGGCCGAGUGGAGGCCGGACUCCACGCAGAUGCGUGUGUGUUAUUGCGUCCCGUGCAGGCUGUUGGCUCGGAGCUGCAGGAGCGAGCGGAGCUUCCCUGCCGGCUGGAGGUCGACUCUCAGGCACUCGCUCAGUUUGUGUCUUCGGGGGAAGCGGCUCGCAUCAAGGCCCGGCUCACGCAGAUCGGCCGGUACUGGGAGGAGCUGAAGGAGAGCGUGCAGCAGCUGGACCGGCAGCUGGAGGAAAGCUCCUCCCACCAGAAGAAGUUCCACACCAGCCUGGACGAGGUGCGAGCGUCUCUCAGUGAGCUGCACACUAAACUGGAGCAUCCCAUCAAAUCCUGCACCUCCUCCUCCGACACCUACGGAGCUCUGCAGAUGCACAUGGAUGUGUGUCAGCAUCAGGAGAAGCUGAAGGGAUCCCUGCUGUCUCUGUCGGCUGCAGCCAGGAGACUGAGCGACAGAGCGGCGGCGGAGAGGACGGUGACGGAGCUGCACACCAGAUACGAGCUGAACCUGCAGGAAGCGAAGGACAAACAGAGCACGCUGGAGAACCUGCUCUCUGUCUGGCAGAAGUUCGAGAAACAGCGUUCGAACUUUGUUUCCUGUUUGGAGAGAAGUGAAUCUGCGUCCAAACCAGAGACUCAGUUUCUGUCAGCUGAUAAAACGAAGCUGCGCACGGAGAUCCAAGAUCUGCAGGCGCUGCACUGUGAGGUCCAGUCCCUGCAGCCGGCUCACGCUGACUUGCUGUGUUUGGGGAUGUCUUUGUGUCCGACCGCCUCGGAGGACAGAGAGCGGCGGCUGAAGGACGAGCUGGACGCUCUGCACGGGAGGUUACAUGUUCAGAACCAGGUCCUCCCUCAAAGAGUGCGGGACCUUCAGAACCACCUCUCGCUGGUGGAGCAGUUGGACCAGGCGCUGCUCAGAUUCUCCUCGUGGAGCGAGACGCUGCUCUCAAACCUGCACUCAGCUCCUCAGGUCAACAUCAGCGACCUGCAGCCCGCCGCCUCCCAAGUUAAGGAGAGCCAGGCGGCCUUGCAGAAGCAGAGCAGCGUGAGACAGAGCCUGGAGCAGCAGACGGAGAAGCUGUGUCACUUCUGUGAGGCCAGCGACGCACAGCUGCUGCGCAGCCGAGCCGACGGCUGUCUGCAGCCGUACCUGGAGGCCCGGCACCUCUGCGAGCUGCAGUUAGAGUGCCUCCAGAGGCUCCAGGCUUUCCUGCAGACCCACGGCGUGGCUGCAGGAGUCCUGCGGGGUCUGAAGCAGACUGUGGAGAGCGCUGGGAGCUGGGACCGGGGCAGAGUGGAGGAGCUGCAGCAGGAGCUGGCCACCAUCGUGCCAGACAUCAGCCAGCUCGAGACUCUGGCCGUCAACCUGGACAGCAGCCUCUGCAAAAGCCACCUCCACAUCGGUGCCGACGAGGGUCCUCGUAAGUCGUGCCGCACGCUGGCCGACUCGCUCAGCGCCGAGCUGGACGCCGUGAGGAACCUGCUCGGUACCAAGCAGAGUGAGGCGGAAGCUCUGGGCUCUCUGUGGACUUCCUUCAGACAGCGCAAAGAGCAGCUGCUCAAAGCUGUGGAGGACAUAGAAGAGAAGGGAGACCAGCAGAGCUUCAGGGAGCCCAGCCUGCACGCACUGCAGCAGAGGCUGCGGUUCUUCAACCAGCUGGAGGACGAGCUGCAGUCCCACCAGCACGAGGAGCAGUGGCUCAGGGACAAAGGCAGCCAGCUGGCCCACAGAGACGCAGAGCUGGCCGGGGAGGUGCUGAGAGAAAUCAGCCUGCUGGAGGCCACAUGGGAGGACACCAAGAGGCUGAUCACAGACAGACAGGAGCAGUGCAACGUCCUCGUGGAGCUCAUGAGAGAAUACCAAACCCUGAAAUCCUCCAUCAGCAGCGUCACGGAGAGCUGCGUCCCGCUGCUGGACAUCAGCUCGGUGCUGAAGGACCACGAGGAAACCAGGAGGUCGCUCACCAAGCACGAGGCGGUGAAGGUGGAGAUGGCCAGCAGGCAGCACGAGCUGGACCGCUUCUCCAGCAAAGGGAAACAGCUGGUGACUGAGCUGAAGAAGAUCCCCGAGUGUCAGGCUCAGCUGCUGCAGGAGGACACGGACACGCUGGUGGACCAGUGGCUGGAUGCGUCGGAGAAGACGGACGAUAACAUCUGUCGGCUGAACCACAGUCUGUCUCUGUGGGAGGAAGUGCGUCGGAUCAGCGAGGACACCGAGAGCUGGACGAGCAGCUGCGUGACGGAGCUGAACGAGAGUCUGAACAACCUCAACGACAGCCACAAGGUGUCUGUGAGGCUUAACGCGCUACAGCUGGAAAUGGUUGAGAAGGAGCAGAACCUGGAAACUCUGCAGAACAAAGUGUCAGAGCUGAAGAAGUGCAGUGAGAGUCCGGAGACCCCCGCUAAAUUACAGGUGCUGGAGAAUGAGCUUCGUAAGAAGAUCAGCAGUGCUCAGAAGCUGCAUGAGCAGGCCAUAGCAAACCUGCUGGACUUCACGUCCCAGAGGAAGCAGCUGGAGGACUACAUCUCCCAGAUGUCUGCGUGGCUGAGAAGCAUCGAGGAGUCUCUUGUUUCUUCUCCCAGCGGCUCUGAUCCUGAGGACAUCUGCAGAGUGAAGGACCUUCAGAAGGAUCUGCAGAACCAGCAGGGCAGCAUCGACUCCACCAGGGAGAGCCUCAACACGCUGUGCAGGAAGUAUCCGUCUGAGGAGCUGGCUGCUCUGGGCUCAGCGCUCACAGACCUCAUCAAGACGUACGAGUGUGUGAACCAGCUCUCUGCCAGGACGCUGGCGUCUCUGCAGAACGGCCUUCAGCAGCAGUUCACUGAUCUGGUGCAGGACUUCCAUCGCUGGCUCUCAGAGCAGAGGGAGAUCGUGAAGGAAUGCUCCGACAGAUCUGGAGACACUCAGAUUGUGGAACGCAAACUACAGAAACUGAAGGGCGCCAUGGACCGUGUGGAGGAGGGGGGAGCCAGCGCGGGGCAGGUCCAGCAGCACCUGUCCUCCAUCCAGCAGGACUGGGACAGCUUUGUGGAGCAGUGCAGGCAGAACCAGCAGAUCCUGGAGGACAGUGCGUCGCUCAUGAGGGGGUUCGAGGGUCGCCUGAAGAAGCUCCGCUGGUGGUUGGAGCACAUGGAGAAGAGGAUGAGCUCAGACCUGCUGGAGGCGAAGCAGCAGCACGGCCCGAGAAGGCUGCGCUGGAGCAAGUGGAAGAGUAUCAGCAGGAAGUACUCAAAGAAAGGUUGCCUACAGACUGCGUCGGAGAAGACGGACGAUAACAUCUGUCGGCUGAACCACAGUCUGUCUCUGUGGGAGGAAGUGCGUCGGAUCAGCGAGGACACCGAGAGCUGGACGAGCAGCUGCGUGACGGAGCUGAACGAGAGUCUGAACAACCUCAACGACAGCCACAAGGUGUCUGUGAGGCUUAACGCGCUACAGCUGGAAAUGGUUGAGAAGGAGCAGAACCUGGAAACUCUGCAGAACAAAGUGUCAGAGCUGAAGAAGUGCAGUGAGAGUCCGGAGACCCCCGCUAAAUUACAGGUGCUGGAGAAUGAGCUUCGUAAGAAGAUCAGCAGUGCUCAGAAGCUGCAUGAGCAGGCCAUAGCAAACCUGCUGGACUUCACGUCCCAGAGGAAGCAGCUGGAGGACUACAUCUCCCAGAUGUCUGCGUGGCUGAGAAGCAUCGAGGAGUCUCUUGUUUCUUCUCCCAGCGGCUCUGAUCCUGAGGACAUCUGCAGAGUGAAGGACCUUCAGAAGGAUCUGCAGAACCAGCAGGGCAGCAUCGACUCCACCAGGGAGAGCCUCAACACGCUGUGCAGGAAGUAUCCGUCUGAGGAGCUGGCUGCUCUGGGCUCAGCGCUCACAGACCUCAUCAAGACGUACGAGUGUGUGAACCAGCUCUCUGCCAGGACGCUGGCGUCUCUGCAGAACGGCCUUCAGCAGCAGUUCACUGAUCUGGUGCAGGACUUCCAUCGCUGGCUCUCAGAGCAGAGGGAGAUCGUGAAGGAAUGCUCCGACAGAUCUGGAGACACUCAGAUUGUGGAACGCAAACUACAGAAACUGAAGGGCGCCAUGGACCGUGUGGAGGAGGGGGAGGUGCGUCUCACUCAGGUCUGUGAGGAAGGGGAGAAGCUCCUGCUCCAUCUUCCCAAAGCCAGCGCGGGGCAGGUCCAGCAGCACCUGUCCUCCAUCCAGCAGGACUGGGACAGCUUUGUGGAGCAGUGCAGGCAGAACCAGCAGAUCCUGGAGGACAGUGCGUCGCUCAUGAGGGGGUUCGAGGGUCGCCUGAAGAAGCUCCGCUGGUGGUUGGAGCACAUGGAGAAGAGGAUGAGCUCAGACCUGCUGGAGGCGAAGCAGCACGGCCCCGAGAAGGCUGCGCUGGAGCAAGUGGAAGAGUAUCAGCAGGAAGUACUCAAAGAAAGGGAUUCCUUUGAGCGCCUCUGUCAGGAGGGCCAGGCUCUGAAUGAAGGCGGGCGAGGUGACGGCAGCGAGACCAGAGUGUCUGCUCAGCUGCAGUCGCAGCAGCAGGCCUUACUGAGGCGUGUGAGGGAGCGGCUGCGCAGCUGCCAGCUCACUCUGCAGGAGCAGCAGGCCUUCGAGGACACGCUGCAGACCACCUGGAGCUGGCUUCACAGCGUGCAGGAGCGCCUGGCGGCACUCAACAGCACCGUCGGAAACAAAGAGACUCUGGAGAAAAGACUGGGUCUGGUGCAGGACAUCCUGCUGAUGAAGGGGGAAGGGGAGGUGAAGCUCAACAUGACUGUCGGGAAAGGAGAGCAGGUCCUGAAGCACAACAGGAGGGAGGGGCAGGAGAAGAUCUGCUCUCAGCUGCAGAGCCUGAAGGACGCCUGGGCCAACAUGUUGAUGACCUCCAUGAGCUGUCACAGCCGCCUGGAGUGGACGGUGGCCCAGUGGAGCAGCUUCCAGGACAGCAGGCUGCAGCUGCAGCAGUGGAUGGAGGCGGUGGAGCAGGAGGUGGGGGUGAGUCUCCCUCAGCAGCCGGGACUCAAAGAGAAGUCCGCGCUGCUCGAGCGCCUCCGGGCCAUCCAGGCUGACGUGGACUCUCACGCAGCAGCGCUGUCCCGCCUCACAGACAAGGCCGUGGAGAUGCAGGAGAAAACUGCUGACCAGACAUUUGGACCGGAGCCGCGCGCCGAGCUCAACGCACACUUUACUGAUAUCUCAGCUGUUGUCAAGGGCAAAGUGCAGACCAUGCAGAGCAUCGUGUCUGAGCACGAGCAGUACCACGAUGCUGUGAGAGACUUCAACGACUGGCUGGUUUCUGCCCGAGAGGAGCUGCAGCGCUGGAGCGACCUGUCAGGAGACUCUGUGUGCAUCAAGAGGAAGCUUUGUAAGGUUCAGGAGUUGCUGGACUCGAAGCAGCGGGGCCGGGAGAGGCUGAGUCGGGUGCAGAGAUGCGGGGCGGUGUCCAGAGAUCACACGGGCUCAGGGGGCUACGAGGCUCUGGAGCGGGAGGAAGCCGCCCUGCUGUCGUCCUGGGACCAGUGGGAGCGUGCAGCCCUGCAGACGCGGGCCAGUCUGGAGACGGCCCUCUCACAGAUAGCCAGCUCGGAGCAGGAGUUCAGCAGCCUGUCGGCUCAGCUGGAGCAGGAGCUGCACGACUUCAGCCGGCAGCUGAAGGACUGGCGUCUGCGGCUGGCUCAGGCCGAGAGGCAGCAGGAAGGAGAGGAGGCCGUGAAGGGCUGGCACACCGCGAAGGACACUCUGGAGGAACUAGUUAAGGCUGAGCCGGCGUCGGAUCGUCUGAAGACUCAGCUCAACGAUCUGUGCAGGUUCUCCAGAGACAUGGGGACGCAGUCUGAGCGAGUGUCUGCGCUCAUCAAGGAGUACAACAGUCUGAGUCUGCAGGCGUCCAGGGAGUGUCAGAGCAAAGAGAAGCUCCUGGAUCAGGGCUUCCGCUCAGCCUUCAGGGAGUUCCAGCAGUGGUUGGUCAACGCUAAGAUCAACACAGCCAAGUGCUUCGACGUGCCUCAAAAUCUCAACGAGGCCUCGUCCAGCCUGCAGAAGAUUCAGGAGUUUCUGAGUGACAGAGGUCAGGGUCAGUCGCAGCUCAAUGCUGUGGUCGUGAGCGGCGAGCUGCUCUGUCGUGCCGCAGCUAAAGACAAGGUGGAGGCAGUCCGGGGCAAAAUGAACAGCUCCAGAGAGGACUGGAAACAUAUGAUGAGCAGCCUGCACCACAGAGAGACGAGUCUGCAGAACGUUUUGUCUCAGAUGAAAGAUUUUGAGGCGAGUGCCGAGCCUCUGCAGGAGAGCCUGAACGCCACAGAGCUGGCCGUGCACGAGAGCUGCACGAGACUUCACGACCUCACAGCCAAGAAGCAAGAGCUGCACAAGCUGCAGUCUGUGCUGGAGGAGUUAGCCUCUCACCAGCUGCAGCUGAACAAGCUGAAAGAGAAGGCCCAGCUGCUGUGGGACGAACACGCGGCCGGAAAGGGUUUUGUGCACCGUGUGUCGCAGCUCUCUGCUCAGUACCUAGCUUUAACCAACCUGACCAAGGAGAAGGCGUCUCGCAUCGAGAGGAUCUCCACUGAGCACCAGCUGUUCUCUCAGGGCCUGAAGGAACUGCAGAACUGGGUGUCUGACACCAGCCACAUGCUGCAGACCUACUGUACCCCCACCGCCGACAAACAUGUUCUGGACAGCAGGACCAUCAAGCUGGAGGCUCUGCUGUCAGCUCGUCAGGAGAAGGAGAUCCAGCUGAAGAUGCUGAGCACGAGAGGUGAGUCUGUGCAGAGGAACACGUCGGCGGAGGGUGUUCCUGUCCUGCAGGAGCAGAUCCAGGACCUGAAGGACUCGUGGGACGCUCUGCUCUCCGCCUGCAUCCAGUGCAAGAGCCAGCUGGACGGCUCCCUGUCUCAGUGGACCAGCUACCAGGAGGACGUCCGGCAGUUUGUGGCGUGGAUGGAGCACGUGGAGGAGAGUCUGGACCCCGUGGACAAACUGUGUCCAGAGAUGAGGGACAAAACCACCAACCUGAGCAAAGCCAAGUUGCUGCAGGAGGAGGUGCUGAGCCACAGCGCGCUGCUGGACACCAUCGCUGCAAAGAGUUCCAGCAUCGCUGAGAACUACGUCAGCCAGCUGGAGCUGCAGGACCUGCAGGAGCGCUACAGCUCCAACAAAGACAGCACUGUGAGAGCGGUGUGCAGGGCGGAGGAGCUGGUGGGGGCCCACCAGGAGUACCAGCGGGGCCUCCAGGCCUUCGAGGACUGGCUGGAGGAGGAGCAGGAGAAACUGGGCUGCUACACGCAGCUGGAGGGGGAUGUGGACAUGCUGGAGGAGACGCUGCAGAAGCUGCAGGAGCUGCAGCUGCUCUGCACAGAGGGCCAGGCUCUGCUCAACACGCUACAGGUCAGUCGGGAGCUGGUCACUCCCUGGGGUCCGCCUCAGAUGGAGGACCGCGCCCUGGAGACGCUGCAGCAGGAGUGGAGGAUGUACCAGGCCCGGCUGGCCGACAGCCGCGCUCAGCUCAACAGCGCUCUGGCCAAACUGCGGCAGAUGGAGCAGAAGUUCCAGCGCUUGGACAGCUGGCUGAAGGGCAUGGAGACCAAAGCACAACUACGCAGCCACAGGAGGUCGGACCGCGCCACCAAGGACGCUCAGCUGCAGCUCAUAAAGAGCUGGCAGGAGGAGGUGCUGGUGUACCAGGAGGAGAUGGAGGGGCUCAGCCUGUUGGCUCAGCAGGUUCUGGAUGAGACUCACAUCAGCAGCCGGAUCAGCUCCAGAGCCACACAGAUCACAGCCCGGUACCACGUCCUGCUGCUGCACCUGCUGGAGACCAUCAAGCAGCUGCAGGAGGAAGUGUUCUGCGUAGAAGAGGCUCAGUGUGUCUUCAACACCUUCUCAGACUGGCUCAGCGCCGCGCAGAACACCUUCAGCACCGUGGCCCUCAGUGUGGACGUGGUGGACCGCUGUGCUAUGGAGAGGAAGAUGAAGAGACUGGAGGCUCUCCAGGCCGACAUGGAGCAGGGCCACUGUCACCUGAAGAUGCUGCGGGAGAAGACGCAGCGAGCCAUGGCGUUCCUGGAGGAGCCCGAGCAGCUGAAGGAGGAAGUGGACAGCCGCCUCCUACAGCUGAAGGAGCUGAUGGAAGCUCUGCGGACGGAGCACAGCUCCCUGGAGAAGAGCAUCUCGCUCUCUAAAGACUUCAUGGAUAAAUACAAGUCCCAGUCCCAGUGGCUGCUGGAGACCCAGAACCUGCUGGCCUCCAGUGUGGAGCCUAAAGCUGAGCUCUACCAGAAGAAGGCUCAGCUGGCCAAGUACAAGACGAUCCAGCACACAGUGCAGUCUCAUGAGUCCGCGGUGAAGUCGGUGUUUGAGAAAGGAGAAGCGCUGCUGGACUCAGUGCGUGACCCAACCAUCAGUGACAACAUGAAGAGGCUGCAGACCGACUACCAGGACCUCUGCUCAGCAGCUCAGACUCAGGUCCAGAACCUCGUGGAGUGGGUGAAGGAGCACGAGGACUACAACAGCGAGCUGCAGGAGGUGGAGAAGUGGCUCCUGCAGAUGUCCAGCAGGCUGGUCACCUCCGACUCCAUGCAGACCAGCGGGAUGGAGAUGGCCACGCAGCAACUCGCCCGACACAAGGCCAUAAUGGAGGAGAUUUCCAGUUUCGAGGAGCGUCUCAGCAGCUUGCAGCAGAAAGGAGAAGGUCUGGUGAGCAGCUGCACGGAGCAGGUUCAAGCUAAAAUCAGUCAGCAGGUCCAGUCUCACCAGCAGGGAACCAGAGACAGUUACUCUGCCAUCUGCAGCACGGCCCAGCGCGUGUACCAGAGUCUGGACCGGGAGCUGCAGAAACACGUGAACCACCAGGACACUCUGCAGCAGAGCCAGACGUGGCUCUGCGCCGUGCAGGAGGAGCUCCAGCUGCACCAGCAGGGACCGUCUGGUCUGCAGGAAGCUCUGAAGCAGGUGAAGCACUACAGGGCCCUCCAGGAGCAGGCCAGCACCUACCUGGACCUGGUGUGCUCUGUGUGCGACCUGUCUGACGAGGCUGUGAGAGUCACCGCCGCUCACGUCCAGCAGGUCAAACUCACGAUCGAGGAGAGGAUGUCCCGUGCUCAGGAGCUGUCGGAGGGCUGGAGGGAGAUCAAGGAGCAGAAACAGGAUCUGAGCAGUUUGUUCCAGGACACGGAGCAGCAGCUGCUCAGCCUCUCCAGGAGACCUGCAGAGCUGGAGACCAAGAUCGCUCAAAACAUGCUGCAACAAGCCAAGGAGUGCAGCCAGCAGCUGCAGUGUAAGCAGAGCAUCCUGACCAAGAUGACGGAGACUGUGAGCCGACUGACGGAGGGACAGGACUCCCCGGAGCACGGCGAGCUGCAGCGCCUGGGACACUGCUUGCUGGAUCUCUGCAGUCAGGCCUCCAGGCUGCAGAGGCAGAGAGAGGAGGACCUGCAGCGGGCCACAGAGUACCACCACUGCAUCACGGCAGUGGAGGCACUGUUUGAGCAGGUCUCCAGAGAGUGGGACAAUCUGGCCAGAACGGAUGCAGAGAGUUCCUCUCGGCAUCUGGAGGCGUUGCGGAGGCUGGCCGUGUCUCUGGAAGAAGAAAAGGGAACUCUGGAGGACCUGAAGGAGCAGAAACAGAAAGUCAUCCAACACCUGAACCUGGACGACAAGGAGCUGGUGAAGGAGCAGAUCAGCCACUUCGAGCAGCGCUGGGCUCAGAUGCAGAACCUGAUCAAGAGGAAGGUCCAGGACUCGGUGGUGACCCUGGAGGAUAUGGGCCAGGUGGAGGCCCGCCUGAGAGAGGCCCGGGACUGGGCGGAGGAGCAGCAGCCGGCCCUGUCUGAGGCCAUGAAGAUGAGUCCUCCUCCGGAGCUGGCUCAAAGCUUCUUGUUCGACCACCUGAGCAUCUGCAGCGAGCUGGAGGCCAAGCAGCUGCUGCUGGCUCAGGCCAUGGCCGACUCCGACCGGGUGCUGGCCCGGCUCGGCCUCAGCGAGCGCCAACGUCUCCAGCAGCUCAUCGUCCACACGCAUCGUGAGGUGGAGUCUCUGAGUGUGAAGGUGGUGCAACGCAGGAAACACCUGAGCAAGGCAUUCACGGAGAGGACUCAGUUCCUGAUGGCUGUGGGUCAGUCCAUCUCCUGGGUGCAGCAGAAUGAGAAGAAGGCCCAGGCGGAGGAGUACAUCGCUCUGUUACCGGAUGACCUGGCCAAGCAGGUGCGGACGUGCAGGAACAUCCAGAGCAGCCUGAAAGCCUAUCAGAGCGAGCUGACCUCGCUGUGGUCUCAGGGCAGGGACCUGAUGAGGGACGCCAGCGAGGAGGAGAGGAACGAGAUCCUCACAAAGCUGCAGGAGCUGCAGAACAUCUUCGACAAAACGUUACACCGCUGUGGCCAGAAGCUGCAGGAGCUCGAAAAAGUUCUUGUUUCCAGAAAGUAUUUCAAGAGUGAUUUAGAGAAAAUAUGCCUGUGGAUAAAACAAGCCGAUAUCGUCACCUUCCCUGAAAUCAACCUGAUGGUGGGAGACGUUGAACUCGACGCGCAGCUGCUUAAAUAUCAGCACAUAGUGGAGCAGGCCAUCGAGUACGAGAAUCUCCUCCUGAUUGUGGAGAGAGCCGGCCAGGAGAUACUGCCCAGUCUGAAUGAAGUGGACCACUGCUAUCUGGAUGAGAAGCUCAAUACGCUGCCUCAGCAAUACAACAGCAUAUUAGCUCUCGCCAAAGAGAAGCAGGAGAAGAUCCAGCAGGCCAUCCUCACCAGGAACGAGUACACCUCCUUCAUAGACGUCACCCACAAGGCCCUGAUGGAGCUGGAGGAGCAGUUCAAUCAUCUGGGCAGUCAGCCUGUGGGGCUGCAGACCGAGGAGGUGGUCAGUCUGCAGAGCGACUACAGAGCCAUCCAGGCGGACCUGAGCGGCCUGGGCCUGGCCGUGAGCGAGCUCAACCAGAAGAAGGAGGGCUUUCGUAGCACGGGGCAACCCUGGCGCCCCGAGGAGACGACGCAGCUGGUGAGCCUGUACAACGGCCUGAAGAGGCUGGUGGAGCAGAAAGUGGAGCACCUGGAGGAAACCCUGGAGUCGUUCGAGGAUCACAAGGCGAUGGCCAUGCAGGUGGACUCUGAGUUGAAGGCCACCAAAGAGCAGCUGGUGAAGGUGAGCGCAGAGACGCAGUCAGCGGAGGAGCGGCUGAAGAACUACCACACUCUGGCGGGGAGUCUCCAGAGCGCCAACUCUCACCUGUCCAGGCUCAUGGAGCAGAUGGACACUCUUGCUCCCCGCGUGGAGCAGGCAGCACAAGAUGCCUCCAAGGAGCAGGUGGUGCUGUGGCAGGACGAGCUGCGCUCUCUGCAGGCCGCAGUCGGGGAUCUGAUCGAGGAGUGCGAGAACAGGUUUGUCCAGAGCAAAGACUUUGAGACGGAGAUGAAGAGGACUCUGGACUGGCUGCAGCAGGUCCGGGAUGACCUGGGCUGCGCUAUCAUUGUGGAUGUGAGGGUGGAGAAGGUGCAGGAGGAGAUCAGGAAGCAGCAGAUCAUGCAGGAGGAGGUGCAGUCCAGACUGAGAAUAGUGGCUGCUCUCAGCAGCCGGGAGAAGCAACAAUACAUCAGCGCCAACGAGCUCGUCCCCGCACACGUAGAUACGAGCCUGGAGGAGAUGGCCAAGCUGCAGGCAGACGUGCAGAAAGCUCUGAGCUCCAAACAGAUUACUCUGGAGGAAGCCCUGGGCCUGUGUCAGAAGUACCACUUCAGGAUGCAGUCGGCCUGCGAGUGGCUGGAGGACGCCGUGUCCUUCCUGCAGCAGGCCAGCCUGGGCGUGGAUGUAGAGAACUACGAGGAGUGUCUCCGGGAGCAGGGGGACAUCAUGGCCACGGAGCAGGAGUUCCUCAUCCACCUGGAGGAGCUGCAGGCUCUGCUGCCUCCGCUGCAGAACCUGCUCAACCCAACAGCCAGGGAGCAGCUCCACGUGAGCGUGGGCUCAGCCCGGCAGAGAGGCGCGGAGGUCCGGGACCAGCUGCAGUGUCACCAAGAGGUCCUUCAGAGCUGUGUGGCUCAGUGGAAGUCGUACCAGGAGGCGCGGCAGACGGUCAUCGAGCUCAUGAAUGAGGCUGAGAAGAAACUGACUGAAUUCUCCACCGCGAAGGCAGCGACCAGCCAAGAGGCAGAAGACAAGCUGUGCAGCCACCGGUCCCUCGUCUUGCUGGUGAACGGCUUCCAGGAGAAGCUGAGCGGCCUGGAGGAGCAGGCUGCUCAGCUGGAGCUGGUGGGGAGCGACGCCAGCAAGGCCACCAUCAGCCGCUCCAUGACCACGGUGUGGCAGCGCUGGACACGACUGCGCAGCGUGGCCCGGGGACGAGAGAGAGUGCUGGAGGACACGGCACAGGACUGGAGGACUUUCAGAGAGAAGAUGGUGAAGGUGCGAGCCGUCUCCGAUGAGCUGCAGAGCCGUUUCCCUGACAGCGCCGUGGAGAAGGCUUCCAAAGCCACGCUGCAGUCUCUGCUGGACCAGCACGACCUGCUCAGCCAGGACUUGGAGAGAGAGCUGUCGUCGCUCACGCUGCUGCGGCAGUACGCCCUCAGCCUGCUGCACGACGUGGAGGUGCCCUCCCCCACCACCGAGCAGGACGAGCUGCCGAGUCUGAAGGAGAUCAGAGCUGUGCAGGACCAGAUGGAGAGCCUGCUCACACAGUCGCGGCUGAAGCGCGCUCAGACAGCGCAGGAGCUGAGGGACAGAGAGGAGGUGGAGAAGGAGCUCAGCGUGGUGAAAGCCUGGAUCCAGGAGAGCAGGGAGCUGCUGCUCAACCCCACGCCUGACAUCGACUCUCUGCUGCAGGAGCUGGAGGUUGUGCAUGGAGAAGUGAUCACGUACCGUCAGAAUGUGGAUAAGUUAGCGGAGCAGCAGCAGAGCAAGUACCUGGACCUCUACACCAUCCUGCCCUCUGAGAUCUCCAUGCAGCUGGCCGAGGUCUCUCUGGCGUUGGGCGCCAUCGAGGAUCAGGUUCUGUCGAGAGAGAGAGAAAUCCAGAGAACGCGGGAGAUCAAAGAAGACUUCAGCUCCAGGAUCCACGACGUCUCCGAGAAGCUCAAAGCAGUUUCUGACAAAUUCAAGGAGAAGUCUCCUGAUGUUGAUCACGCCAAAGAAGAAGUCAAGAGCCUGGCGGAGGACCUGGACGGCUGCGGUCGAACGCUCUCCGAGCUGGACGCCGCCGUUCAGGAGUUUGGCCGCAGGAACCCGCUGCUGGCCAAACAGCUGAGUGACGCCAUCAGCAAACUGUCAGAGAUGCACCACCACACGACGCGGCUCGCAGACUGCAGGAACAACUGGCUCAAGAAGGCUGUCUGCUAUCUCGACGAGUACAACGAGAUGCUGGACUUCAUCGUGAGGUGGUCGGAGAAAGCUAAAAGCCUGGUGAGGGCCAACAUCAUCUGGAACUCCUCUGUGCACCUGCAGGAGCAGAUACGCAUGUACCAGGCUGUCCUCCGGGAGUCUCGGGAGCUGCAUGGAGAUCUGGAGUCGAUGGCAGAGAAAGUGGAGCUCCUGUCUGAGGUGCUGCAGGUGGAGUCUCUGAGCCAGCAGGUCUGUGAACUCAGUCGACACACCGAGGAGCUCCAGCAGUGCAUGAAGACGCGGCUGCAGAGCCUGGAAGAUGCAGAUAAGAGUAUGGAGGCCCUGGAGUGUGAGGUGAAGGCGCUGCAUGUUGCUCUGGAGCAGGUCCAGGCCACUCUCACUUCCCCAGAGUUGGCGCGGCAGAGCCUCAAAGAGCAGCUGGCUCAGAGACAGCGUCUGCUGGCAGAUAUGGAGAGCUUCAAGCAGCAGGUGCAGGCCGUGCAGCUGUGUCAGAGCUCGCUGCGGGUCCCCGAGGAAGUGAUGCCCAACCUGGCCAUCUGCCGCACGGCGCUGCGGCUGCAGCAGGAGGCCAGUCAGCUGCAGCACGUGGCCAUUCAGCAGUGCAACAUCCUGCAGGAGGCAGUGGUGCAGUACGAGCAGUAUGAGCAGGAAGUGAGAGACCUGCAGGGUCUGAUAGAAGAAGCUCACCGCGUCAUUCAGGACCGACCGAUCCCCACCAACAACAUCCAGGAGCUGCAGGCGCAGAUCCUCCACCACGAGGAACUGGCCCAGAAGAUCAAAGGUUACCAGGAGCAGAUCGCCUCCCUGAACUCUAAAUGCAAGAUGCUGGCAGUGAAGGCCAAACACGCCACUAUGCUGCUGACUGUGAGUGACGUGGAGGGGCUGCCAGAGGGGCUGCAGGAGCCGGACGCAGAGAAAUCUAAGAAAUGUUCGGCGCAGGCCCUCGUGAUGACGGCGGGCCGCUGUCACACCCUGCUGUCUCCUGUGACGGAGGAGUCUGGGGAGGAGGGCGCCAACAGCGAGGUGUCUUCUCCUCCUGUGUGCCGCUCUCCCUCGCCCAUCACAUAUACUGAGCCUACUAUGACCAAGACGGGAAGAGGAACUCUCACCAGAGCUCCGAUCCAAGAACUAUACGACCCGACGUUCGAGUCUGUGGGCAACCUGGACGACCUGCAGCGCUCCUGGGAGACUCUGAAGAACGUGAUCAGUGAGAAGCAGCGCUCUCUGUAUGAAGCUCUGGAGAAGCAGCAGCACUACCAGGGCUCCCUGCAGUCCAUCUCCUCCAGCAUGGAGGCUCUGGAGGCCCGGCUGAGCGAACCUCUGCAGGCCGACCGCAGCCCCGACAGCCACGUGAAGGCGCACCAGGGUCUGAUCGCAGAGAUUCAGAGCGCGCAGGAGGAGAUCGACGUGCUGCAGACGAGCUUCACUGAGGAUCUGGCCUUCGAUGCUGCGGACUCGGACGUGGCCGACCAGCUGGCCAUGCACUCGUCUCUCGCUGUGUUAGCCGAGAGGAUGGCCACCAUCCACAUGAAGGCCUCAGGCAAACAGCAGAUACUGGAGGAGCGCAUCAGUGAGCGUCUGGAGGGGCAGCAGCAGGAACAGGCCGUGCAGCUCCUGCACUGCCAGGCAGGAGAUCUGGAGCGCUGGCUAAGCACAAUGAGCCUCACCGCCUCCUUCAUGCUGGAGGAGCAAUCUGCAGAGGAGACGGAGCAGCUCGCUGAGUGUCAGAACAUGCUGCUGGAGAUCGAGGAGAAGGCGCUCGCCCUGUCUGAGCUCACCAUGCACAGCGAGAACCUGCUGCUGGAGGGCCGGACGGAGACCAGGCAGGAGGCGGAGCUGCUGGCCGGGAAGAUACGCAUGUUGAAGGGCAGCCUGCUGGAGCUGCAGAGGAUGCUGCAAGACAAGCAGAGCAACAUCCAGGGCUCGCUGCAGGAGCAGGAGGACAGUGGGUCAGACUGCAGCCUCGCUCACAGUCCCAGUGUGCAGGACUGGCUGGCCCAGGCCCGCACCACCCGCUGCCAGCAGCACCAGGACAGUCUGCAGAGACAGAAGGAGCUGGAGGAGCAGCUGGCAGAGCAGAAGAAGCUGCUUCAGUCUGUGGCCAGCAGAGGAGAAGAGAUCCUCAUCCAGCAGGCCUCACCCUGCAGCACCAGCUCCUCGCAGCUCGUCUCUCAGGCGGCUCGGCAGCAGAUGAAGCAGAAGUGGGAGAGUCUGAGACUGGAGCUGAAAACGAAACUGCAGCUCCUGCAGAAGACUCUGGAGCAGGACCUCAAGCAGCCGGUUUACUCCAGAGCUUCUCGUGUGAGCGCAGCUGGAUCCCUGUUUAAAGGAGAAGCAGCGGCUGACAAGUCCUCCCUGAACUGUCUGUACGGCAGCUUCAGACAGACUGUAGAGGACCUGAGCAGCCAGGCCGGCGGCGGUGAGGCGCAGGUGGUGCAGAUGGAACAGCAGCUCUACUCCGCUGUGUCCUCCACCUCCUGCUGGCUGGACGGGGUGGAGAACAACGUCUUCUCAGGCUCCGUGCUGCUGGCCGAACACGCAGACACGCAGCUGCAGACGCAGGAGACCUUAGAGCACGAUGUGCAGCACGUGACGGAGGAGGUGAAGCUCAGCCAGGCUCUGCUGGCCGGCUCUUCAGCGCUGAGACAGGAGGAGCGCUCGCUGCUGGAGGACAACCUGUCCUGUCUGAAGGAGCGGUUAGGAGCUCUGGGUUGUGCUCUGGGCCAACGCUGUGAGCACAUGAGGACUCGAGCACAGGAGCUCACAGCCUACCAGACUGAGCUGCAGCUUCUUCAAACUGCUUUAAUUGAGACAAAGUGUCAGAUCCUGCAGGCGUUAGCUGGAGCCAUGGACAGACCAGCCUCCAAACAACUGGAGGUUAUUGACAGUGCAGAGGAGAGCCUGAAGGACUUUGAACAGAGGAUGACGGAGCUGAAGAGCAGAGGAGCAGCUCUGCAGGCGGAUCAGAUCUCCACCAAUAAACUAGUGAAGCUGCAGGACUCCUACGAGGAGCUGGUGAUGACGGUAGGCUCCCGGCGCAGCGGGCUGAACCACAGCAUGGCUCUGAAGGAGCAGUACGAGCGUGCUCUGCAGGACCUCACCGACCUGGUGGACACCGCGAAAGACAAGAUGGCUGCCGAUCAGAGGAUCAUCGCCGGCUCUGUGGAGGAAGUCCAGAACCACCUGGACAAACACAAGGAGUUCUUCCAGGGUCUGGAGUCUCACAUGAUCCUGACGGAGACGUACUUCAGGAAGAUCAGCGUCCUGAUGCUCCCCGCAGAGAGCCAGGCGCUGCAGGAGACGCUGGCCGCGGCUCAGAGCGUCCUGAAGCAGGCGCACAGCAGGGGGGUGGAGCUGGAGUGCAUCCUGGAGACUUGGUGCCGCCUGCUGCAGGACUACCAGAGUCUGAGCCGGCAGCUGGAGGCUGUGGAAGAAAACAUUCCUGCAGUGGGUCUGGUGGAGGAGACGGAGGAGCGGCUGGGGGACAGGAUCUCACUGUAUCAGGGGCUGAAGGGCCGGCUGACGGAGUACCAGCACAAGCUGCAGCAGGUUCUGGAGGAGGGCAAACACCUGCUGCUGUCCGUGUGCUGCCCCGCGCUGGACAACCAGCUCACGCUGCUCGGGGAACACUGGCUCAACAACACCAGCAGAGUGUCCACAGAGCUGCAGCGCCUGGAGGCCAUCCUCAAACACUGGAGCAGGUACCAGAGGGAGAGGGUGGAGCUCGCUGAUUGGCUGCUGUCGGCUCUGGAGCGUCUGGACUUCUGGAACACGCAGGCCGUGUUGGUCCCCCAGGAGCUGGAGACCGUCAGAGACCACCUCGCUGCUUUCCUGGAGUUUUCGAAGGAAGUCGAAGGAAAGUCGAGCCUGAAGAGCUCCGUGGUCACCGAGGGCAACCAGCUGCUGCGCCUGAAGAAAGUGGACACGGUGGUGCUGCGCUCCGACCUCGCACGCACCGACAGUCAGUGGACGGAGCUGCUCACACGCAUCCCGGUGGUGCAGGAGAAGCUGCACCAGAUCCAGAUGGAGAAGCUGGCGUCCCGUCACGCCAUCUCUGAGCUGUGCAACUGGAUUUCCCUGAUGGAGAACGUCAUCGAGGAGAACGAAGAGAACCUGAAGAGCGCCGUGGGGUCGAGCGUGAUUCAGGACUACCUGCAGAAAUACAAGGGCUUCCGAGUAGAUCUGAGCUGUAAGCAGCUGACUGUGGACUUCGUGAACCAGUCGGUGCUGCAGAUCAGCGGGCAGGACGUGGAGAGUAAGCGCAGCGAUAAGACCGACUUCGCUGAGCGACUGGGAGCCAUGAACCGACGCUGGCAGAUCCUGCAAGGCCGCAUCAACGAGAGGAUCCAGUUCCUGGAGAGCCUCCUGGACAUGUGGCUGGAGUACGAGAGCAGCGUUCAGGCCCUGAAGUCCUGGAUGGCAACGCAGGAAGAAAGGUUGAAGAGGAAACGUCGGAUAGAAGAUCUAACGUCUGUGCAGAAUGCUCUGAAAGACUGCCAGGACAUGGAGGAGCUGGUGAAGGAGAAGGAGAAGGAGCUGGAGAGGGUGGAGGAGCAGGGCUGUGCCCUCGUCCAGAACAAGACGGACGAGGCCUGUGCUAUCGUCAUGGAGACGCUGCAGGGAGUCAAUCACACCUGGGCUAACCUGGACCACCUGGUCGGGCAGCUGAAGAUCAGCCUGACGUCGAUGCUGGAUCAGUGGAGUCUGUACAAGCGGGCUUCUGAGGAGAUCAAUGGAUACCUGAUGGAGGGACGCUACUCAGUGUCACGCUUCCGCCUCCUCACCGGCUCCCUGGAGGCCGUUCAGCUGCAGGUGCAGAGUCUGCAGGACUUGCAGGAGGAGCUGGAGAAGCAGGAGAGCAGUGUGAGGAGGUUUGGUGCUGUGAGCCACCAGCUGCUGAGGGAGAGUCGUCCCUCAGUGUGUGACUCCCUGAACAACGCUCUGCAGGACGUCAAUGCGAGGUGGACGGGCCUCCUGGAGGAGAUCGCAGAGCGCCUGAGGAGCAGCAAAGCUCUGCUGCAGCUGUGGCAGCGCUACAAGCAGCUGCACGAGCAGAGCUGCAGCAGCAUCCAGCUGCAGGAGGACAAGGCCGACCGGCUGCUGAAGCUCGCCUGCAGCAAGGACAUCGCAGACGAGGAAGUGUCCGACUGGAUCCAGGAGUGCAGCGAGGUGCUGCGGUCCCAGGCUCCGGUGCAGGCCUCCCUGCAGGUGCUGCAGCAGCUGGGCGAUCAGCUGAAGCAGCAGGUGGACACGUCUGCAGCCUCCGCACUGCAGUCCGACCACCUCUCCCUCUGCCAGCGACUUGCUGCGGUGGAGCAGGCGCUCAGCAGGCAGCUCACCACCCUGCAGACUGGCGUGCAGGACUAUGAGACGUUCAACGCUCAGCUGGACUCUCUGGGCCGCUGGAUGCUGGAGGCGUACGAGGCUCUGAAGGGGCACGACCCCAGCGGCUGCAGCGACCCCGCCCUCAUACAAGACUGCAUGGAAGAGCUGAAGAGGCUCAUGCUGAAGUUCAGCAGCAUGGCUCCUGAGCUGGAGCGUCUCAACGAGCUCGGCUACCGGCUCCCGCUCAACGACUUGGAGAUCAAACGCAUGCAGAACCUGAACAGGAGCUGGACCACGGCCUCGGCACAGACCACCGAGAGGUUCAGCAAACUGCAGUCCUUCCUGCUGCAGCAGCAGACCUUCCUGGAGAAGUGUGAAACAUGGAUGGAGUUCCUGGUCCAGACGGAGCAAAAUCUGGCCGUGGAAAUCUCUGGAAACUACCAGAGUCUGACGGAGCAGCAACAAGCUCACGAGUUGUUCCAGGCGGAGAUGUUCAGCCGGCAGCAGAUCCUCCACUCUAUAAUCAGUGAUGGGCAGAGGAUGUUGGAGCAGGGUCAGGUGGAUGACAGAGAUGAGUUCAACCUGAAGCUGACCCUGCUCAGUAACCAGUGGCAGGGCGUGGUGCGGCGUGCCCAGCAGAGGCGGGGCAUCAUCGACGGCCUGAUCCGCCAGUGGCAGCGCUACAGAGAGAUGUUGGAGAAACUGCGCAGGUGGCUGCUGGAGGUGUCCCAGCCUGCAGAGGCUCUCCAGGCAGGGAGCACAGUGCCUCUGCAGCAGGCCCGCUCCAUGCUGGACGCUGUGCAGCUGAGGGAGAAGGUGCUGCAGCGGCAGCAGGGCAGCUACAUCCUGACGGUGGAAGCCGCCCGGCAGCUGCUUCUGUCGGCGGACAGCCGGGCGGAGGUCGGCCUGCAGGCGGAGCUCACUGACACACAAGAGAGAUGGAAACACACCUGCGUGUCCCUGGAGCAGCAGAAGAGACAGCUGGCCACCUUGUUAAAGGACUGGGAGCGCUGUGAGAAAGGUAUCUGUGGUUCUCUGGAGAAGCUUCGAGCCUUCAGGCGUCAGCUGUCUGUAACGCUGCCCGACCACCACGAAGAUCUGCAGACGGAGCAGAGACGCUGCCAGGACCUGGAGGACACGUUUGACGGCUGGACGGGGGACAUGGCCCACCUGACGGUGCUGCGAGAGUCUCUGUCCUGCUACAUCAGCGCUGACGAUCUGUCCGUCCUGCAGGAAAGGAUCGAGCUGCUGCACCGACAGUGGGACGAAAUCUGCCAUCAGCUGUCUCUGCGCAGGCAGCAGGUGAGUGAGAAGCUCAACCAGUGGACGGUGUUCAGCGAGAGGUACCGGGAGCUCUGCGAGUGGCUCACCAACAUGGAGAGCAAGGUCUCCCAGAACGGAGAAAUCAGCAUCGAGGAGAUGAUCGAGAAGCUGCGCAAGGACUUCCAGGAGGAGAUCAGUGUGGCUGAGGAGAACAAGCUGCAGCUGCACCUGCUGGGGGAGCGUCUGUGCAGAGCCAGUCACAAGAGCAAAGCAGCUGAGAUCGAACUAAAGCUGAACAAAGUGAGCGACCGCUGGCAGCACCUGCUGGAUCUGAUCGGAGCCAGAGUGAAGAAGCUGAGGGAGACUCUGGUGGCCGUGCAGCAGCUGGAUAAGAACAUGAGCAGCCUUCGCUCCUGGCUCGCUCACAUCGAGGCGGAGCUUUCCAAACCCAUCGCCUACGACUCCUGCGACACCCAAGAGAUCCAGAGGAAGCUCGACCUGCAGCAGGAGCUCCAGCGGGACAUAGAGAAGCACAGCACCGGCGUGGCAUCUGUGCUGAAUCUGUGCGAGGUGCUUCUGCACGACUGUGACGCCUGCGCCACCGACACAGAGUGCGACUCCAUCCAGCAGGCGACUCGCAGCCUGGACCGCCGCUGGAGGAGCAUCUGUGCCUUGUCGAUGGAGAGGAGGCUCAAGAUUGAGGAGACGUGGCGUUUAUGGCAGAAGUUCCUGGAUGACUUUGCUCGUUUCGAGGAGUGGCUGUGCUGCUCAGAGAAGACGGCUGCUCGGCCCAACUCCUCCGGGGUGCUCUACACCGUCGCCAAGGAGGAGCUCAAGAAGUUUGAGGCCUUCCAGAGGCAGGUCCACGAGAGCCUCACGCAGCUGGAGUUGAUCAACAAGCAGUACCGGCGCCUGGCCCGGGAGAACCGCACCGACUCCUCCUGUCGCCUGCGGGAGAUGGCUCAGGACGCCAACCAGCGCUGGGACAACCUGCAGAAGAGGGUGGCGUCCAUCCUCCGCAGGCUCAAGCACUUCAUUGCUCAGAGGGAGGAGUUUGAGACGGCCAGAGACGGGGUCCUGGUGUGGCUGACGGAGAUGGACCUGCAGCUCACCAACAUCGAACAUUUCUCUGAGUGUGACAUUCAGGCCAAGAUCAAACAACUCCGGUCCUUCCAGCAGGAGAUCUCUCUCACCGCAGCCAAGAUCGAGCACAUCUUCCUGCAGGGAGAGGCGCUGAUGGAGAAGAGCGAGCCCCUGGACGCCGCCGUCAUCGAGGAGGAGCUGGAGGAGCUGCAGCGUUACUGCCAAGAAGUGUUCGGACGAGUGGAGCGCUACUACAAGAAGCUUAUUCGACUUCCUCUGGCAGACGAUGACACCGAGGUGUCGUUCUCGGACCGCGAGCUGGAGCUGGACGAGCCCGGGGAUUUGUCCAGCGUGCCGUGGGGCGAGCGGCUGGGGGACGGCUUCCUAUCCCCUCUGCCCUCCUCCGGCCGCUCUGCUUCGCUGGCGGUUCAGCUCCGCACCGAGCGCUCGGGCAGAGACACGCCGGCCAGCGUGGACUCCAUCCCCCUGGAGUGGGACCACGACUACGACCUGAGCCGCGGGCUGGAGAGCGCCAGCAGGGCGCUGAGAGAGCAGCAGAGUGAGGAGGGAGACUUCCUGCAGCGGCCCGCCUCCGGACUGUCAGAUGUAGAGAUCCCAGAGGCCUUUGUUAAAGUUACACAGCAAACACUGAGGUCCUCCACUGGUAGGCAGCAGCUUCCACAACAGACGCAACAGACGCAACAGACACAGCAGACACAUCAGACACAACAGACACAGCAGACGCAACAGACGCAGCAGACGCAACAGACGCAACAGACGCAACAGACGCAACAGACGCAGCAGACGCAACAGACUCAGCAGACGCAGCAGACGCAACAGACGCAACAGACGCAGCAGACGCAGCAGACGCAACAGACGCAACAGACACAGCAGACGCAACAGACACAUCAGACACAACAGACACAGCAGACGCAACAGACGCAACAGACACAACAGACGCAUCAGACGCAACAGACGCAGCAGACGCAACAGACGCAGCAGACGCAGCAGACGCAACAGACGCAGCAGACGCAGCAGACGCAGCAGACGCAACAGACACAACAGACGCAGCAGACGCAGCAGACGCAACAGACGCAGCAGACGCAACAGACUCAGCAGACACAACAGACGCAACAGACGCAGCAGACGCAGCAGACGCAACAGACGCAGCAGACGCAACAGACUCAGCAGACACAACAGACGCAACAGACGCAGCAGACGCAGCAGACGCAACAGACGCAGCAGACGCAACAGACUCAGCAGACACAACAGACGCAGCAGACGCAACAGACACAGCAGACACAACAUGCUCAGCUCGGGGCCAGAACUGAUAAAACUCACUUUGAUUUAUCUUCAGCACAGCACGGUUGA